GGCAGGCACCGACAGGGAUCUCCGCCGCUAGCGCAUCGGUGAACGAACAUGAACAUCUGGCAUCAUUCACGGCACAAAAGCACCCAAACAUUCGCUCUCACCGUCCGCACCUCUCUUACAGUCGCUCCUUUGCCUCGCCUCGAACUGCACCGGGUUCUUGCGCCCUCCAGGACUAUUAAGAAAUCGACCACGCACAAUUGAAGAAAGCCUGCACCGCAGCCCACCACCACAAUGUGGCCCUUCGACGCCGUCGACUGGCUCAUGCUGCUGAUCCCCGUCGCCUACCUGUUUAUCCUGGUCGGCUCGCUCACCGUCUUCUCGAACCUCUACCGCAAGCGCCAGGCGGCCGCGGCGUCCUCGCUCGAGCCCUGGUUCCCUCCGCACCUCCAGCGCAACAUUUAUCUGUCGCUGCUGCACCAGGAGGAGCCGAAAGCCCCGGACAGCAUCCUGAAAGCUGCGCUUCUGCGCCGUGCGACCGAGGACAUCCACCGCAUUGUGCAGGUCAGGAACGCGAAGCAGGCGCUCCAGGUCCUGCUGCAGCGCGGCAGCGUGGGCGACGAUCUGUGGAAGCGGUUCGAGCGUGCGGAGAAGGAGAUUGAGGAGGAGCUGAGAGACGUCGUGCAGGAGGCCAACGCGUUCGCGCCCAACUGGGGCCAGACCAUUUUCCAGUCAGCCUCUGAAAUGGCCCAGAACAACCACAUCCGCGAGCGUCUCGACGAGAUCCUCGCCAAAGCACCCCAGGAGUCGCAGUGGUGGACCAGCCGCCGCGCCGAGAUCCAGGGCUCGUUUAUGAAGGAGCUGGACGAGGAGAAGAUCAGGAGUCGCGAAGGCAGUGUCGCUGGGACAGGGAGCGUUGUGGGCACGCCUGCGGCCAGUGUGGCCGGGAGCGUCAUGGGCGACGACGCGGUCAUGGUGGAGAGCCCGAGCGGCAAGAAGAAGAAGAAGGGCAAGAAGAGUGCCGUGGCUUGAGCGGAGUGAUUGAACGUUUGAUUGGACCGACGGGAACAGGGUGUCCAUUGCGUGCAUUGCGUGACUGGCGUUGAGGUGUUGGCAGGGCCACGGUACGAUACUCACAUUGAGAAGAUGCGUCUUGAAUUCAGCCAUGCCAUUUCCCCUCCAAUCAUAGGCAUCCAUGCAUUCUGCAGCUGAGAUACCAGCAUACCUUGACGCUCACAACACUUCCGUUAAAUACUGACAUUGAGAAGAUGC